AUCACCAAAAUAUUAUUUCUAUUCCAUUCGUUUUCUAGCCAAACAAACAGCCCCCUUUUCUUUUUUUUUUUUAUUCCAAUGGCUCGCACAAAGCAAACUGCUAGGAAAUCUACAGGAGGCAAGGCUCCAAGGAAGCAGUUGGCCACCAAGGCAGCAAGGAAAUCAGCUCCGGCAACCGGAGGUGUGAAGAAGCCGCACAGGUUCAGGCCGGGAACUGUUGCCCUGAGAGAAAUCAGGAAGUAUCAAAAGAGUACAGAGCUCUUGAUCAGGAAACUUCCAUUCCAGAGAUUGGUGAGGGAAAUCGCUCAAGAUUUCAAGACUGAUCUGAGAUUCCAGAGUAGCGCUGUAGCAGCUCUACAGGAGGCAGCUGAAGCAUAUUUGGUUGGGUUGUUUGAGGAUACAAAUUUGUGUGCUAUUCAUGCUAAGAGGGUUACUAUUAUGCCCAAGGAUAUUCAGUUGGCAAGAAGGAUUAGGGGUGAGAGGGCUUUGGGAUAUGAAGAAGAUUUGAUUUACGAUUCAAAAAUCGAAAGAAUUACUAAGAACUUGCGAAAACAAGCCUCAUUAGCAUUUUCAUCUACAAUCAAUAAAGAAACCGUCACAGAAUUGGAGUCUGCUGCACAAGCUGCAAAAAACAUAGCUUCUGCUGUAGUUGUUGCAUCAGCUAUUGCACUAAAAAUUCUGGACAGAACAACUGCAGCUACUGGACCAACAACUAUCGCCAUUGAACUGAAAGUUGAAAAUAUUGAAAGAAGAGCUCCAAUGGCACAAGAGAGGAACCUGUGUGAAUUAGCAGCCCCUAAAGGUGAUCAAGCACCAUUAUGCAUUACAUUCUCACCUCUAGCAGUCCCUUUUGAACUGAGAACUAGUUUAAUUGACUUGCUUUUCAAGUUCAGAGGACUGAAAAAUGAAGACCCAUACAAACACCUCAAAGAAUUUCAUAUUGUCUGCUCAACCAUGAGGUCUCAAGGGAUAACCGAAGAGCACAUUAAAUUGAGUGUCUUUUCCUUUUCACUUGAUGAAUCUGCAAAAAACUGUAAUGUAACUAAUGGUAAUGAUACUGAUGUUCUUGAUACUUUGAGCCAAAAUGCAUUUGAGUUGAGGCAUGAUGAUAAGCUAAAUAUUAUUUUAUGUAGAACUCUAGUCACGGGCAAUUUGGAGGAUCAUAAUUCCAAGACAGAUGCUGAAAUUAAAGAAACAACUUAUUCUUUAGGUUUUGUACAACCACUGCCUAGGUCAGGCUUGAACGAAGAUUUGCCCAAAUCUAACUCACAACUACAACAAUCUCUUAUAAAGUUUUCUAGCCAAGCAAAAAGCCCCUCAUCUGUUACAAUGGCUCGCACAAAGCAAACUGCUAGGAAAUCUACUGGAGGCAAGGCUCCAAGGAAGCAGUUGGCCACCAAGGCAGCAAGGAAAUCAGCUCCGGCGACCGGUGGUGUGAAGAAACCUCAUAGGUUCAGGCCUGGAACUGUUGCCCUGAGAGAAAUCAGGAAGUAUCAAAAGAGCACAGAGCUCUUGAUCAGAAAGCUUCCAUUCCAGAGAUUGGUGAGGGAAAUCGCUCAAGAUUUCAAGACUGAUUUGAGAUUCCAGAGUAGUGCUGUAGCAGCUCUACAGGAGGCAGCCGAAGCAUAUUUGGUUGGGUUGUUUGAGGAUACAAAUCUGUGUGCUAUUCAUGCUAAGAGGGUUACUAUUAUGCCCAAGGAUAUUCAGUUGGCAAGAAGGAUUAGGGGUGAGAGGGCUUAGAUUAUGGUUUCUGCGUUCUAUAAUGUCUUGAUUUUUAUUUUUUGAAUUCUAGAUCUAGAUUUUACCUUAUUAGGGUUUGAUUCAUGAGUGGUUGAGGUGGAAAUCAAGUGGAAAAUCUAAUGGCUUCUUGCUAAAUCCCAUGUUGCAGUUUACCUGUUUGUGAAAAUUACAUUUGGGUUUGAUUA